CCCAUCCUCGGGAGGGAUCCACAUUGUGACCUGGCCAGCAGCCUUCUCUGGAGUUGGACCAAGACUAAACAGGAGAUCAUGGCAAGUGCAAACUGGGGAUACGAUGGCAAAAAUGGUCCUGACCAAUGGAGCAAGCUGUAUCCCAUCGCCAAUGGAAACAACCAGUCUCCUAUUGAUAUUAAGACCAGUGAAGCAAAACAUGACAACUCUCUGAAACCUAUCAGUGUCUCCUAUAAUCCUGCAACUGCCAAAGAAAUUGUUAACGUGGGACAUUCCUUCCAAGUACUUUAUGAUGACAGUGGUAACCAAUCUGUUCUGAAAGGUGGGCCCCUCUCUGACAGCUAUCGGCUGACCCAAUUCCAUUUUCACUGGGGCAACUCAAACGACCAUGGAUCCGAGCACACUGUGGAUGGAGUCAAAUAUUCUGGAGAGCUCCACAUAGUUCACUGGAAUUCUGCCAAGUACUCGAGUGCUGCUGAAGCCAUCUCAAAAGCUGACGGGAUAGCAAUCCUUGGCGUUUUCUUGAAGGUUGGUCCAGCCAACCCAAACGUGCAGAAAGUACUUGAUGCCCUAAACUCAGUUAAAACUAAGGGGAAACGAGCUCCAUUCACAAAUUUUGACCCAUCAUGUCUCCUUCCUUCCUCCCUGGAUUACUGGACUUACUUCGGCUCUCUGACUCACCCUCCUCUUCAUGAAAGUGUCACCUGGUUCAUCUGCAAGGAAAGCAUCAGUGUCAGCCCCGAGCAGCUGGCACAGCUCCGCAGUGUUCUGUCAAAUGCAGAAGGAGAGGCGGCUGCUCCUAUCCUGAGCAACCAUCGUCCAACCCAGCCCCUGAAGGGCAGAACAGUGACAGCCUCAUUUUGAGACCCAGCAAGGAGGAGUCCUCGAUCAGGACCUGGCCCCCUCUGCAGACAUCACCCAGUAACGUGAUCACUUAAAAAGGAAAAAAAUUAUCUCAGUGCUAGCAAGACAGCAUACCAACAAAUUUAAUCCACAGAACUAAAAAUCAUUCAUUUUAAUUCCUGAUGCUUAACGCAAAUAAUCCAUAAGCUUGCCCCUUGAAAUCUUUAAACAUGCACUUGUGCUUAAAUCCACCUUCUUUUGUGUAAUGUUUCUUAAGAUAAUUAAUGGAUUUGUUCUCUUUCUCCUCUCUCCACUUUAAUUGAACCAAUAAAAAGGCUUUAUCUCUUC